GCCAUGUGGGUAGUGUCCGGUGUUCCCUCUCCCCUUUCGGCCUUUCCACACGCACGCUGAACUCCCCUUCCUUCCUUCGUUGACUCGAUCUCGAGAGCUGCUCCUGCCGGAUCUGAUGAUGGAGCCGGCGGGAGACUCUUUUGUGGAGGCCGCGAUUGCAUGGCUGGUGCAGACCAUCCUUGCAACGCUCCUGAUGGACAAGAUGGAGGAGUGGAUUCGGCAAGUCGGUCUUGCCGACGACGUCGAGAGGCUCCAGCGCGAGGUCGAGAGAGUCGACAUGGUGGUGGCUGCUGUGAAGGGGAGGGCAGCCGGGAACAGGCCUCUGUCCCGGGCUCUCGCUCGUGUCAAGGAGCUUCUCUACGACGCCGACGACGUGGUCGACGAACUGGACUACUACAGGCUCCAACAGCAAGUCGAAGGAGGUAUUACGAGUGACAAGCCUGACGAUAUGCGUGGAGCUGAAAGAGUGGAUGAAAUAUCAAGGGGCCAUGUCGAUACACUGAAUGUCAGUGUUGGGAAAUUACGGUCCUCGGUAUGGGAACACUUUACCAUCACAGAAACUGUCGACCGGAAGCGUUCAAAAGCCAAAUGUAAGUACUGUAGAAAGGAUUUUAAUUGCGAAACGAAGACAAACGGGACUUCAUCUAUGAAAAAACAUUUGGAGAAAGAGCAUUCCGUAACUUGUACGAAGAAACGUGGAGCCCAUCCACCAAACCCUUCAAGCACCGGUGAUGCGACUUGUAAUGUGAGGUCGGUUGAAGUUGGUAGUUCGUCCAACGGAAAAAGAAAGAGAACAAAUGAGGAUCCAACACAAACCACCGCAGCUAACACACACACCCAAUGGGACAAGGCUGAGUUUUCCAAUAGGAUAAUUAAAAUUACAGGCCAGUUACAGUCACAGGACAUCCAAGGGGCUUUGAGUAAAGUUCUUGGGCCAUAUGGACCUAGCGCUACUUCAAGUUCAAGUCAUCACCGCCCGAGUACAACCUCAGCUCAGCACCCAACAACAUCAAGUCUUGUUCCACUGGAAGUUUAUGGCAGAGUUGCAGAAAAGAACAAGAUCAAAAAGUCAAUAACUGAAAACCAAUCUGGUGGUGUAAAUGUUCUACCUAUUGUAGGCAUUGCAGGUGUUGGAAAGACAACUCUCGCUCAAUUUGUGUAUAAUGAUCCAGACGUGAAAAGUCAAUUUCACCACAGGAUAUGGGUUUGUGUGUCCCGUAAAUUUGAUGAAGUGAAGCUCACAAAGGAGAUGUUAGACUUUUUUCCUCGAGAAAGGUAUGAAGGAAUUAGCAAUUUUGCGAAGCUUCAAGAGAUCUUGAAAGAACAUAUCGAGUACCAGUCGAAGAGCUUUCUGCUUGUAUUAGACGAUGUCUCGGACAAUGUUGAUUAUCAUAAAUGGAACAAAUUGUUGUACCCUUUGAUGUCAAGUCAAGCAAAGGGUAAUAUAAUUCUAGUCACAACCAAAAAUUUGUCUGUUGCACAAAGGUUAAGAACACUUGAACCGAUCAAGUUAGGUGCUUUAGAAAAUGAUGAUAUGUGGUUAUUGCUCAAGUCAUGUGCAUUUGGUUUUGGGGACUACAAAGGUCCGGGAAAUCUAAGAGCUAUUGGAAUGCAAAUAGCAGAGAAGUUAAAGGGCAACCCGUUAGCAGCAGUAACUGCAGGGGCACUGUUAAGAGAUCAUCUUAGCGUUGAUCAUUGGAGUAACAUUCUCAAGAAAGAGAAGUGGAAAUCGUUGGGACUCCAUGGGGGCAUCAUGCCUGCUUUGAAGCUUAGCUAUGAUGAGCUACCGUACCAUUUACAACAAUGUUUCUCGUAUUGUUCUAUAUUUUCUGAAAAAUAUAGGUUUCUUCGGAAGGAACUGGUCUAUAUUUGGAUUUCUCAAGGAUUUUUGAAUCACACUAAGAGAUUGGAGGAGAUAGGAUGGGAAUGUCUGAAUAAUUUGGUGAACCUGGGAUUCUUUCAGCAGAUUGGAGAGCAACAGGAAGGGGAUGAAGAUGAGGAAGAAGAUUUUUUUCUAGGCAGUAAAAUUUGGUAUUGUAUGUCUGGUCUCAUGCACGAUUUUGCAAGGAUGGUUUCAAGGACUGAGUGUGCAACCAUGGAUGGUCUUCAGUGUAAUAAUAUGUUACCAACUAUACGUCACUUGUCAAUUGUGACCAAUUCUGCAUAUAGCAAAGAACAGCAUGGAACCAUACCUCGCAAUAUCAAGUUUGAAGAGAACCUGAGAAAUGCAUUUGCAUCAGUGAGGAAAUUGAGGACAUUAGUUUUAUUUGGGCACUACGACUCUUUCUUCUUCAAAUUGUUCCUUGAUAUAUUCCAGAAGGACCAGAACUUGCGUCUGCUGCAAAUGUCUGCAACAUGUGCUGAUUUUGAUUCCUUCAUGUGUAGUUUGGUAAAUCCUGCACAUCUUCGCUAUCUAAAACGUGAACCUGAUGAGGUGAAUGGUGCUUCCCCUCAAAUUUUGAGCAAGUUGUACCAUCUUCAAAUAUUAGAUGUUGGCUCAUACACUGAUCCUAUACCUGAUGGUAAUAAUAAUCUAGUUAGCCUGCGGCAUCUUAUUCCAGAAAAUGGAGUAUACUCUUCCAUUGCUAGCAUUGGUAGAAUGACAUCACUUAAAGAGCUACAUCAUUUUAAGGUUCGGUUUUGUUCUAGAGGAUUUGAGAUAUCACAACUCCAAUGCAUGAACGAGCUUGUACAACUUGGGGUGUCUCGAGUUGAUAGUGUUAAAACUCGGGAGGAGGCUUAUGGAGCAGGACUGAGAAGCAAAGAAUACUUGAAAAAUCUGCACUUGUCCUGGAAGGAUACCUUGUCACAGAAGGAAUGUGACACUAGCUCUGAAUAUUCUGCAGACGAAAACGAGGAGCUCUCACAAAUGGAUACAGCAAGAGAGGUGCUCGAGGGACUUGAACCUCACAUGAACUUAAAGCAUCUACAUAUAUCUGGGUAUAAUGGUACUACUUCACCAACUUGGCUUGCCAACAAUCUCUCAGUUACCUCCUUGCAGACGCUUCACCUUGAUGGUUGUCGAAGAUGGAGAAUACUUCCAUCUCUUGAAAGUCUUCCAUUUCUUACAAAGCUGAAGUUGAGCAGCAUGCUGGAAGUAAUAGAAGUAUUGGUUCCUUCACUGGAGGAGCUAGUUUUGAUGGACAUGCCUAAGUUAGUGAGAUGCUCAAGCAUUUCUGUGGGGGCUCUGAACUCUAGCUUACGAGCACUACGGAUCGAGGAUUGUGAAGCACUAAAGGAGUUUGAUCUGUUUGAGAACGAUGAUAAUUCUGAAAUCAUUCAGGGGUCAUGGCUGCCUGGUCUUAGGAAUUUGAUUGUGAAAUGUUGCCCUCAUUUGAAAGUGUUGAAGCCUCUUUCACCUUCAACUACCUUUUCUAAGGUAGUCAUCAGAGAAGUUCCAAGAUUUCCGUAUAUGGAGGUAUCAUCUGGUGAAAAGUUAGAAAUUGGGAAAUUUGAUGAGGACGGAGAUGAUUUUGAUGAAUCUUGUGAUGAGUUGAGGAUACUGGAUGACAAAAUUUUGGCAUUCCACAAUCUUAGAAACCUCAAAUCGAUGGAGAUAUAUGGUUGCAGAAAUCUAAGGUCUUUUCUGUUCGAAGGUUUCAGUCAUCUUGUCUCUUUAUUAAGUUUGGAUAUAACAAAGUGUGAACAACUUUUCUCUUCGGAUAUGUCGCCAGAGUAUACCCUUGAAGAUGUGAGAGCUGUGAACUUCAAUGCCUUCCCAUUUCUCAAAAAUCUCAGUAUUGACUCAUGCGGAAUAGCGGGGAAGUGGCUAUCGCUGAUGCUGCAGCAUGCGCCAGGCCUAGAGGAAUUGCGUUUAAGAUAUUGCGCACAUAUAACAAGAGUAGUGUUACCGAUGGAAGAGGAAGAAAACAGUCUCUUAACAACAGUAGUGUCAUCAGGAAAUCAAGAUGAGGCAUUGACCUGGUUAGUUCGUGACGGACUCUUGCACAUUCCAUCAAAUCUCGUCUCCUCUCUCAAGAAGAUGACUAUUGGUCAGUGCCCUCGCCUAAAGUUUAACUCGGGCAAGGACUGCUUCUCUGGAUUUACCUCGCUUGAGAAGCUUGAAAUUUGGGGAUCAUUGGUGGAUGAUGACGGAAGUGAUGACCUGGAGAAUGGAAGUCCUUUUGUGUUCGGAGAGGAGGAUCAACCCCUGGGAGCGAAUGGAAGAUGGCUCCUCCCGACAUCACUUCAGGAGCUUAACAUCGGGUGGUUCUGUUACCAAGAAACGCUGCAACCCUGCUUUCCUAGAGAUAUCACCAGCCUUAAAGAGUUAAGUGUACGUUCAAUCCAAGGUUUGCAAUCUCUACAGCUGCACUCAUGCACGGCACUGGAAGGAUUGGAGAUUAGAGGCUGUGAAUCGCUCACCGUCACUGUACUAGAGGGCAUGCAACCCAUUGGCAGCCUCGUGCGUUUGAAUGUAUCAGACAGUACUGGCUUGCCACCAUGUUUGGAGAGCUUUUCAACGCUGUGCCCUCGGCUUGAAAGGCUUUGCACCGAUGACCCAUCUGUCCUUACCACGUCAUUCUGCAAGCACCUCACCUCCCUACAAAGACUAGAACUUAGUUUCUUGAAAGUGACGAGACUAACAGAUGAGCAAGAGCAAGCGCUUGUGCUGCUCAAAUCCCUGCAAAAGCUCGAAUUCAUUUGGUGUUCUGCUCUAGUAGUUCUUCCUGAGGGGCUGCACACCCUUCCUUCCCUCAAGAGAUUGGAGAUAAACCAGUGUGGACGCAUCACAAGGCUGCCAGAAGCAGGCCUCCCACAUUCGCUGGAAGAACUCGAAAUCCGGUCUUGCAGCCAGGAGCUAGAUGAUGAAUGCAGGCGGCUAGCAACAAGCAAACUGAAAGUCAAGAUUGAUUGGACGUAUGUGAAUUAAUUACUGUAUGGCUUGUUAUGGACAUGUUUCUGCAUGCACAACUCUGUACCGCUUGGUUGCUCUUGAGUCAUAUAUCAUGUUAUAUUCAGA